CUCUCACGUCACUCUCUCUCUCUCUCUGAGCAUCGGUCCUAAAUCACAAGUUUUUUUAAGUACUCCAACAACAAAAGCCUUGGUAAUGGUGUAAAGCCUGAAGUACCGCCACAACUUUCACUACAGUCCAAACCCCUCGCUCUUGCUCUGAAACUGCACUGCCAAGACCAAGAAGAACCACGUAAACAUGGGGAACCCGUGCUAGAGUUGGGAGUUGAGAAGGAAAGACCAAAAAAAAGAGAAAAAGAAGUAAGAAAAUGGUUUCAGAAGGGUAUGCAUGGGCACCCAUAGGGUCUCCUUUGAACAACGUGCAGAGAGAGGAGCACUGGAGGCACUUCGACAACUCGGUCAAUGCCGUGUCGUUUGGCUUCGUUGCUACUGCCAUUCUCAUCUCCAUGUUCUUGGUCAUGGCCAUCUUUGAGAGAUUCCUCAGACCCACGUCGACGGCUCUCUCUCCGUCCGGUGGCCAUAACCACCGCGACCUUGAGGCCCAGAUGGGCUUCAACGCAAAGCUCGGUCACCCAUCUCCUAAAAUGACUGUAUAUGCUAGUGGAGUUUCGGUAUUGAUGCCUGGUGAUGAUAUUCCUACCUUCAUUGCACACCCAGCUCCCAUGCCGUGUCCACCCGAACGCAUUUCGUGGCCUCACCAUCAACAAAUCUCAAUCCCCAGUCUCAACUCAAACUCCAACUUGAGUACAAACUCAAGCUCACCAGGGGAAAACUAAACGUACUGAGAAACGCAUGUUACCUAUUUCAAACUCAUAUCACAAUUGUACACUCAAAGCAGGAGUUAUCUCCCUAGGGGACUAGACGCUAAAACAGGCAUGUCCGGACGGAAUCCAAGGUUGCCCUCAUUUUCUUUUAGCCCCAGGGCUCUUGAUUUGUAUAUAGCAUUGACAGCAGGCUGGCUAUGGCAUAUAUGAGUCUCCAUCCAAGUGCGAUUGCUUGCAUAUUAAUGUUUAGGUUUUCAAAUAUGAUUGGAUUCUGAGAAAUAUAUUGCAUUUCCCAUCAGAUGGAUCAUUCCCUUUUAUAAAAACUGAAAAAUACAACUGGUGUUUGUAUGGGGGAGAAGUCAUGGGCAGUAAUUCAGACAAUUUCUGAACAGGGAAUUAAGUCAUCAUUGCAAUUACCCCAACAUUAUUUCGUGUAAAAGUGGAGCAACUCUCUUGGAUUGAAACUGUCGAGUUAUUUACUCAGCC